GCCUGUUAAAGUGGAAGGAGGCUGCAGGGCUCCGGCGGAGGCCGCCUCGGAGUUUUUCACUGAGGCAGGGGUCAGCUGAAAGACAAAGAAAAAUGGCGAAUAGUUUGGUGGGGGGGCCGCUGUUCUCCCUCGCCCCGGAGUGGACCUUCCCGGCUCCUGGCUCGGCAUCUCCUUCGCCUUUUGUUUCCUCCGUCCUUGGGGGGGGAGGGCUAGCAGUGACUUAAUUUCUCCCUGUCCGAGGAGAGAUAUAAAUAGCUCCAUGUAAAAUUAAUGCAGUUCCCGCAAUCACUGAUCUGCAUGUUACCAGCUACUCCAAAUUGUGUGUAUGAUUUUUAAACCAGUUGUGGAUUCUGGCAAGUGUGUUGUUAACUGGCAAGCCCAAGAGCCUCGGAGUGGGGUGUAUUCUAACUCCUUCCAGCAGAAGUCCAGGACUGUUCAGGGAAGUCGAAGGUGAAGGAGAAGGAGGGGACAUCCGGAGAGGCCUCUCUAGACAAAGCCUACGGGGACCCAAAACUUUGGAUGGGGAAGCUGAUGACGCUGAGGCUCAGAGAUUAAGUGACUUCCCCAAAGUCACCCAAACAAAAGCAAUUGCCUAGAAGGCUGCCUUUGGUCUUCUGCUGCUGCAACAAUUCCCUAUUAUUUCUUGGUGAUCUGAACCUUGAGCUGCUUUGGGAUUCUGAUACCUCAGUUGUUGGUGUUAGCUUGGUGCCACACAGCAAGAGCAAGAUUCAGCUUGGGAAGGGGUUAUAGUUACCAGAAUGUCCACAGAUGGAGGAUUUGGCAGUACCAGCAGCAGUGAUGCUCAGCAGAGCCUACAGUCCUUUUGGCCUCGUGUCAUGGAAGAAAUCCGAAAUUUGACAGUGAAAGAUUUCCGUGUGCAAGAGCUUCCACUAGCUCGUAUUAAGAAGAUUAUGAAACUGGAUGAAGAUGUAAAGAUGAUAAGUGCUGAAGCCCCUGUGCUUUUUGCCAAGGCUGCCCAGAUAUUCAUUACUGAGUUGACCUUAAGGGCCUGGAUUCACACAGAAGACAACAAACGUCGGACUCUUCAGAGAAAUGACAUUGCCAUGGCCAUUACAAAAUUUGACCAGUUCGACUUUCUUAUCGAUAUUGUUCCAAGAGAUGAACUAAAACCUCCCAAGCGUCAGGAGGAGGUGCGCCAAUCUGUGACUCCUGCAGAGCCCGUCCAGUACUACUUUACGUUGGCCCAGCAGCCUGCAGCAGCCGUCCAGGUUCAGGGCCAGCAGACUGGCCAGCAGACCACCACCUCCACCACUACCAUUCAGUCAGGACAGAUCAUCAUUGCCCAGCCUCAGCAGGGGCAGACUACCCCAGUGACAAUGCAGGUUGGAGAAGGCCAGCAGGUGCAGAUCGUCCAGGCCCAGCCACAGGGCCAGACACAGCAGGCACCAAGCAGCACAGGACAGACCAUGCAAGUGAUGCAACAGAUCAUCACCAACACGGGGGAAAUCCAGCAAAUUCCGGUGCAGUUAAACGCUGGCCAGCUGCAGUAUAUCCGCCUAGCACAGCCUGUAUCAGGCACCCAGGUUGUUCAGGGACAGAUCCAGACUCUUGCGGCUAGUGCACAGCAGAUUACACAGACAGAGGUCCAGCAAGGACAGCAGCAGUUUGGCCAGUUCACAGAUGGCCAGCAGCUGUACCAGAUCCAGCAGGUCACCAUGCCAGCCGGCCAGGACCUCGCACAGCCCAUGUUCAUCCAGUCGGCUAACCAGGCCUCCGAUGGGCAGACCCCUCAGGUGACGGGAGACUGAGCCCCGCUGGGGCCUUGCCCAGCACAGCCGGUGCACGGGGCCGUACAGACUCCAUUUCUGCCGCUGUGGCCUGGCUUGAGUGUCCCACUACCCCAGAGCCUCCUGCGGGCCAAGACAUUGGUGCACAUGGCCCUCACUGCGGGCUAGGAAAUCGCCAACUGAAAGAUGCAAUAUUUUUUCAUUUCCUUUUUUGUCUUUUUGGUUUUUGUUUUUUAAAGGAAUCAAUAUUUCAGUAUGUUGAGCUGUAUGUCCAAUGCUAUUGAAAUGGGAAAUAUUCAGUGAUAACAUAUUUAUAGCGUUUUUUGAGGUGUGGCUACAAAAGUCUGCCCUCCUCAUGCCCCUUUCUCCCAAGAGCAGCUCUCCAGGCAUGGGAAAAGCUCCCAGAACAGCUGCCUUAACCUUUCUCGCAACCUCUGGCGAAUGCACCCACCCCUCUAGGUCACUGGGUGAUCCAUCGGUCGCUUCUCCCCUGCCCCUGCCCAGAGCAAAGCACCUGCCUCUGGAUGCUGCAGAAGCAGUCUUCGUGUUCAAGGAUGAACUUGAUUCCAGACACAGUGUCUCGUUUCUUCUGGACCCUCCUCUGUCCCAGGAAACUGGGGCUUUCCUCUGCCCUCCCUCCACCUGCCCACCUCCCAUUUUUUCCCCUCAAGAAGCAAAUGAAUAAUUGUGCUCGUCUCCUCCGCUGCAUGGACUUCUAUCUGCAUGAAUUAAAUGCAAUGAAUAAAGCUCCUUUUUAGAGAA